AUGCCUCCCAGCAGGUCCGCCCUCCGAAUCACCGAGUUCGCUGCCCCCAAGACGCCCGACUGCAUCGCCAUCGGCGCCAUUCUAUUCCUCUACGGCGCUGGCGUCGCCUCAGCAUCAGGCCACUUCGCGCCAGGUACUGCACUCUGGGAAACCGCCGAGCGCCUGCUGCCCGGCAGCGCCGAGAAACUGCUCUGGGUCGCGCAAAAGAUUGUGCCCUGGCUCGCGCUCGUCCACGGCAUCGAGGCCGUCCUAUUCGACCAGCUGCGCAUGAAGGCCUACGGCGUGCCCCGUUUCUCAGCCCUCUGGUGGAAGUGGGAGAUUUCAUGCUUCAUUGAAGGCCUCGGCUCAUGGAAGCGCAUCGGCAAGGUUAUCGCGGACAAGCAGAAGCGCGCAUAA